CAGCAGAUUGUGUGUGUGCUGUCCGUCACUAUGAUCAGGUUGUGUUGUAAACGAGUGUGUUUGACCCCCAUGUUUGCAGUGCAUUAUGGGUGUGUUGACAGAUGUUCACACCUGAGGAGAGCGUGUGAGGUCAGAGGUCAGAGCCUUCAUCCGUCUGUCUGUCUGUAGCACACAUCUGUAUCCUGUCUGUCUCACAGCACCUGUCUGUCUCUCCGUCUCACACCCGUCCAGAAAAACAUCAUUGUUUCAGUUCAGCUUAUCUCUGCUCUCCCAAAUAUCCUGUUUCUUCGAGCUGCGCGUCCAGAACCAAUAGAAAGCUCUUCCUCCUGCGGGCUGACUUCACUUCCAGCUUUAGCACAAUCUCAUCCGCUCCAAACCGUGCUCGGCAGAACCGUGACUCACACGCGCCACCGUAAACACACAGACACACAGAGCGGCGUGAGGACGGCCCGUCCUGCUCCAGCAUGGCCAGCACCAUCAAGGAGGCGCUGUCGGUGGUGAGUGAGGAUCAGUCUUUAUUCGAGUGUUCGUACGGAGCGCCUCAUUCUAAGACGGACAUGACGGCCUCCGCCGCCGGCGAGUACGGCCCAAGCAAACUCAGCCCCAGAAUGCAUCAGCAGGACUGGCUGGCUCCGCCCACCGGACGCGUCACCGUCAAGCUGGAGUGCGGCGCGGGAUCCAGAGCCUCUCCUGAUGUGUGUGCUGCGGUGAAGGGUAAGAUCUCUCCAGUGAUGUACAGCAGCUAUAUGGAGGACAAGCACGCGCCGCCCAACAUGACCACCAGUGAGCGCAGAGUGAUCGUCCCUGCAGGUGCCACACGCUUCUCUAAAGACUGCUGUUUCUCAGCUCCACUUCCUCACUUGACUUCAGAUGAUGUUGACAAAGCCUUGCAAAACUCCCCGCGGUUAAUGCAUGCUCGUAAUACAGGAGGAGCCAGCUUCAUCUUCCCAAACACCUCCGUCUUCCCUCCAGACGCCAGCAGAGGACCCAGCCGAGCAGACGUGAGUUUCGACGCCAGGCGCUCUGGAUGGACUCAGCCGGCGUCUGCAGCUAAAGUUUCUCAGAGUUCUGCUGCCAUCAUGACCAAAACCGAAGAGCAGAGAGCUCAGUUAGAUCCAUAUCAGAUUUUAGGGCCGACAUGCAGCAGGCUGGCGAAUCCAGGUUCGGGUCAGAUCCAGCUGUGGCAGUUCCUCCUGGAGCUUCUCUCCAACAGCUCCAACUCGUCCUGCAUCACGUGGGAAGGAACCAACGGCGAGUUCAAGAUGACGGAUCCGGACGAGGUGGCGCGGCGCUGGGGCGAGAGGAAGAGCAAGCCCAACAUGAACUACGACAAGCUGAGCCGAGCCCUGCGCUACUACUAUGACAAGAACAUCAUGACCAAAGUGCACGGCAAGCGCUACGCCUACAAGUUCGACUUCUUACGUUCGGGUCAGAUCCAGCUGUGGCAGUUCCUCCUGGAGCUUCUCUCCAACAGCUCCAACUCGUCCUGCAUCACGUGGGAAGGAACCAACGGCGAGUUCAAGAUGACGGAUCCGGACGAGGUGGCGCGGCGCUGGGGCGAGAGGAAGAGCAAGCCCAACAUGAACUACGACAAGAUGAAGUUUGUUGGAUUUAAAACACAAAUACUAUAA